AUGGAUUUCCUGUUCGGGAGAAGGAAGUCUCCGGAGGAGCUGCUGAAGCAGAAUCAGAGGGCGCUCAACCGAGCCAUGAGAGAACUGGACCGAGAGCGAAUGAAACUGGAGCAACAGGAGAAGAAGAUCAUCGCUGACAUAAAGAAAAUGGCCAAGCAGGGACAAAUGGACGCCGUCAAAAUCAUGGCCAAGGAUUUGGUUCGCACGCGGCGCUACGUGAAGAAGUUUAUCAUGAUGAAAGCCAACAUUCAGGCCGUCAGUCUAAAGAUACAGACGCUCAAGUCCAACAACAGCAUGGCACAGGCGAUGAAAGGCGUCACCAAAGCCAUGGCCACCAUGAACAGACAGCUGAAACUGCCGCAGAUUCAGAAGAUCAUGAUGGAGUUUGAGCGACAGAGUGAAAUCAUGGACAUGAAAGAGGAGAUGAUGAACGACGCUAUCGACGAUGCCAUGGGGGAUGAGGAUGAUGAGGAUGAGAGCGACGCCAUCGUGUCCCAAGUGCUGGACGAGCUGGGUCUCAGUCUGUCCGACGAACUGUCAAAUCUGCCAACCGCCGGAGGAAGCUUGGCGGUGAGCGGAGGAAAGAAGGUCGAGCCCCAAGCCGCCCUGGCUGACGCAGACGCCGACCUGGAGGAGCGGCUGAAUAACCUCCGGAGAGACUGAACACGCCGUAACUGUCAGACAAGGCGCGCUGUUGUUGCGAGGUUGUUAAUACAGAUAGAAACAUACUCGAAUCUCUGUGUUUAGAUUCUUUUUGAAGGUAUAACUGGCAGAAACGCCGGCUGUUUCAGAAAAAACGGUCUGUGUUAUAAAAGGUGUAUGGCUUUCUGUUUUGAGGUGUUUUUUCAUUUUUAUGCGUGAAUUAUGUAUUUUAUCAACAACAAAAAGAAACCCUGUAAGGAUCAUUCAUAGGUCUAGCGAAUUCUUGUCUCAUUUAAGACAUUGCCAAAACACACAAAAUUAUCUAAAAGUGACAAUUUAUUUCACUGUCUGUGUAGAUACUAACUCCUGAAGGCAUGACGUUUUCACAAUUUAAAUUAACACUAAAGACGUUUUAAAAGAACCCAAAUUAAAGUUGGUAACAUGACAGAAGUGGCUAUUUUAUAUGGGUGUCAGCACUUUUUGUACAUCAGGCUGGUUUUGGCGUUCUUUAUAUCCACAUCAUGGUAUAAAAUACACAGUUUUAGCCCCGAUUUGGGCUUUUUAAUGACUUUGGAUUGUGUUUAUUUGUGGGAGUUGACGGUUGUCAGGCUCCAGCUGAAGACGGUGUACAAAAAGUCUCAUUUAUCUCAACAUCUUUUCUGUCUGAAUUCACUAACAGGGCGGUUUAUUUUACAAAAACACACACAUAUAUAUAAAUAUAUAUAAAGGAUGAAAGACAAAGAAAGAAAG